ACCCUCCUCAACAGAUCCUGGCCAUUCAUUGGAUCUAGAUUCUAGAGCCAACACCAUCCAGCACCUAGAUCCAACGGUUUCCACUAACUAAAAACAGGCUCCCAAAUUUGCGGCCUCGAUCUCUGUCACAGUUGGUUGGUUGUCGCCAAGGCCUUUCGUGCUCGAAUUCACCAGCGAUCCUCCGAAGCGGGCACUUAUGCACAUUGCGGUUUCUGCUCGGUUGCGCGUGGCUUCGCGUACACUCCCCACAGAUCGCCUGCGAUCUGCUCUAAGAUCCGGAGUCGAUAAUACUCGCAUAGCUCUUUCAACUAAUCGCGCUGGGAGUUUAGCCGUUGGAAGCCGAGCGACAGGACUCAGUUCUCGUCUGCUAUCCGCCAGAUCCUUCCGUAUCCGCGGCGUGCCUGUCGCGUCUGCACCGGCUCGGUUCAGCCAAGAAUUCAAACCCUCGUUAACGGUCGCAAGGGCCAUGGCGACGGGUGCAGAGGGCGGCGGCCUGAUCGACCGCGCGGGGACGGUGGAGGAGGAGGAGCUGCUCGAGUCGUUCUCGCUGAUCGCCAGCAUCGACAAGGCCUGGUGCCGAGUCACUCCUGUCGGUCAAGCGGCAGGACCCAAGGGCAAAGGUGCUCAAGGCAAGGCCAGCCUGGACGUGACGGUGGCAAUGUCGCAGAAGAACCUCCCGGCCAACGCCAUGCGCAAGUACCUGUCAACCGUGCACGUGCCCGACCCCCAGGGCGACCUCUCCUCCUUCCACUGGUCGCCCUUCCCCACUGAGCUCACUGGUGUCACCCUCAUCGCGCCCUCCCCCUCGGGGGGGAGGCUGCUGGUGGUGCGGAAUGGGGAGGGCGGAGCGGGAGGAGGGGGCGCGGAGGGGGCGGGGAAGGAGGGGGCGGCGGUGAAGCUGGAGGUGUGGGGCGCGGGGCGGCUUCUGAGGGAGGUGCAUGUGGCGGCUACUGUUCAUGGGGGGGUGUACGCCGAUGGAUGGUUCGAGGGAGUGUCGUGGAACGAUGAUGAGACCUCUGUUGCCUACGUGGCAGAAGCGCCUGCCCCAGCCAAGCCUGUCUUCGGCCAGCCGCGGCAGCCCGCUGCCACGUUAGCCACCCAGCACCCUCCCGCCGCACCUACCGGCCCAGCUCGGGGCAGGUUCGGAUCCGCAGCAGCGGCGCCAGCCCCGGCGGGAGGUGCGGGGAAGGGGAAGAAUGGGGGGGCGGCAGAGGCAGGGACGUGGAAGGGGAAGGGGGAGUGGAUGGAGGACUGGGGCGAGAGAUACGCGGGGAAGCAGCGGCCGCUGGUGUUUGUGCUCAACACUGUCAGUGGUGUCGUCCAGCCAGUUGAGGGCAUUCCAGAAGACAUCAGCGCGGGCCAGGUGGUGUGGGCGCCAGCAGUGGAGGGCGUGCAGCAGACGGUGGUGUUCGUGGGGUGGUCCUCCUUCGCCUCCAACUUCAACACGGCCAGACGCCUUGGCAUUGUGUACUGCGCUAAUCGCCCCUGCCACCUGUUUGCUGCCCAAGUGCCCUCUCAAGACGCAUCUGGCCGCAAGACAGGCAGCAGCACGAGCAUUGUGAAGCUCACAGCCGGGAUCAGCAGUGCCUUCUCACCUCGCUUCAGCCCGGAUGGCACUCUGCUGGUGUUCCUAUCAUCGCAUGCAGCAGUGGACAGCGGCACACACGGAGCCACCAACUCGCUGCACUCGCUGCUCUGGCCCAAGGAGGGCAUCUCCUUCCCCCACGCCUCCCCUGAUCCCGAGGAGGAUUCUCGCUCCGGGCCUUCCGACGUCCCUGCCAUAGACAUCCCCAUCAACAGCAUCAUUAGCGUGGUGGCGAGGGCGGAGGAGCAGGGAGGCUUCCCUGGGCUGUAUGCAGACAAAGCCAUUGCCAACCCGUGGCUGGCGGAUGGGCGCACGCUGCUGCUCACCACGGCUUGGCGGAGCACCCAGGCCAUUAUCUCCGUGCACGUGGAGAGCGGUCGCGUGUCUCGGCUGACCCCAGAGGGCCCCAUCUCGUGGGUGCUGUUGGACGUGCGCAACAACGUGGUGGUGGCGGGCGCCAGCACCCCUGCAUGCCCCACCAAGCUCAUGCUGGGUCGGGUGAACGCGGGGUGGCUCAAGCAGGAGGGCUGGCUGUGGUCCGAGAUCUCCCCUCCUCACGUGGAGUAUGCCGAUGCGGUGGAGAAUGCGCUCAAGUCAACCGAGUUCGAGGUCAUUCCCAUUCUGCCCUCUGUGUCCAAGACUCAGGGUCUCUCUGAAGGAGCCAAGCAAGCGUUUGAAGCCAUCUUCGUGAGAAGACAGCCCGAGGUUGCUGCAACUCCCCCUGCUGCAGGGGGCAAGGUGGCACCUGCACCAGCUGCACCUGCCGCCCCGCCCCCCCUGCUGGUGGUGCCGCAUGGGGGCCCCCAUGGCGUCAGCACCACGAAUUUUGUGAUGCCCUAUGCGUACCUCUGCGCGCUGGGAUAUGCGGUGCUGCACGUGAACUACAGGGGGUCGCUUGGAUUUGGGGAGGAGGCGCUGCAGUCCCUGCCAAAACACAUUGGGCGGCAGGACGUGUCUGACGUGCUAGAGGCCAUCGAUCGGGUGGUGGAGCUGGGCUAUGUGGAUGCUUCACGCAUGGCUGUGAUUGGUGGCUCCCACGGGGGCUUCCUUGCCGGGCAUCUUAUCGGGCAGGAGCCCGAUCGCUUCCGCACAGCUGUCCUGCGUAACCCGGUUACCAAUAUCGCGAGCAUGGUGGGCACCACCGACAUCCCUGAUUGGUGCUUCGUGGAGGCCUUUGGCCAGCCAGGCAUGGCGGCCUUCUCUGACGCGCCCUCUGCCGCGGAGCUUCAGGCCUUCCUCAAGGCGUCCCCCGUCUCCCAUGCGUCCAAGGUCAAGGUGCCCACACUCUUCAUCAUAGGCGGCAAGGAUUUGCGUGUCCCCUCUUCCAACGGGCUGCAGCUGGUGCAUGCUCUGCGAUCGCAAGGGCUAGAGGCACGAGUGCUCAUGAUGCCAGAAGAUGUUCAUGCCAUUGAUAAGCCGCAGAGCGAAUUUGAGCAAUGGCUCACUGUUGCGUCGUGGCUCAAGCAACACCUGUGAAUGGCCGGAUCAGCCAAUGGCAAGAUGGCUGGAUAAGCCAAUGGCAAGAUGACUGGAUGAGCAACGACUUUGGACCUUUCAAUGGCUUAACUACCAAGCCAAUGUUGUCGACACUCUGAGUGGCUUGAGGAGCAUCAGCAAACACCAGUCAUCAGAGGAAAGGCUAGAGCCAUGUGUGUGAUGUGAAUGGUUGGAGCAACAAACCGUUAGGUAAGCUUGCUGAAUAUCAUCUCACAUUCUUGCAGGGCCUUGAUUUCCUGCUCAUGGGCCUGAAGGAACCACAGAUUUUGGGGCGUCAUUCGGUUUACCGUUGCAGCAGCUUACCGUAUUUUGUGGGCUGGGCUUGGCAAGUAUGGGUCUCAGGUUAUUGGUACAAUCAACGCUCUUGUUUAUCACAUGUAUGCGAGUUCUGUUCAGUACCUGCUGAAGCACCCUGGAGCUAAAUUU